AUGGUCCAUGGCUAUGGCAAUGACAUCAGCUGGACUUUUCAAGCCACCCCAAUCUUCCUUGCCCAAAACGGGUUUGCCUCGUUUGCCCUUGAUUUACAGGGCCAUGGCCUCUCCCAAGGCCUCAAGGCCUAUGUCCCCAAUGUCGACCUUCUUGUUGAUGACUGCAUCUCGUUCUUCAACUGUGUAUUAACCCAAGAUCCCACUUUGCAAAACCUCCCAAGAUUCUUGUACGAUCUUGGCAACCCCCUUCGUCCACCCCUCCGCGUGGAAUCAUCUGUAUGGUCCAUGGCUAUGGCAAUGACAUUAGCUGGACUUUUCAAGCCACCCCAAUCUUCCUUGCCCAAAACGGGUUUGCCUCCUUUGCCCUUGAUUUACAGGGCCAUGGCCUCUCCCAAGGCUUCAAGGCCUAUGUCCCCAAUGUUGACCUUCUUGUUGAUGACUGCAUCUCGUUCUUCAACUGUGUAUUAA